GUGACAAGCUCCGAGUGGUGCUCCAGUCUCCCUAAAAAAAAAAAAACGUCGAGGGAAGUUAUGUUCGCAGAAAAGUCUCUUCACAGGUAGUAAUUUCAUCAACUCUAUCACGCGCACAUCCUACUUCCCUAAAAUCAGUUAACAACACAAGCAUCAGGAAGAGAGGAAACAAGUGGUGAAUAAGUAAGAAUCGGAUCGUAACAGCUCCAGGAAGGAUAGCUUUUGAUUGUGAUGUGGUGGAGCCCCCCGGCGGGCCGCGGGGGCAGGAGGUCAGAGGUAGAUCGGUUGUGAGGUCAACAAGCACGGCUCGAUUGUCCCGGGGCGAAAUCUCUGGUAGAGCGGAGGAGGAGAUAGAAUGGUGUGACCUCCGGCGUCAUCCCGCCCGACGCGGAGGUGGUGCUGGAGGUGGUGGAGGUGGCGGUGGAGUCGAGCAGCUGCUCGACUCAGAGGAGGAAGAGCCAACGGCGAUGUCGAGGCAGCUUCGUGGAGACCGUGACCACGUGAGCCGCGACUACCAAGAGGGUUACCACACUGAUUAUCGGGACCUGCGCGAACAUCUCAGGGAUUUCAGGGACUUCCAUCGAGAUACCCUCGACGAAAGAGACGGUCAGGGACCCACCGCUAGUAGAACAUAUCGAGACGACUAUUCGGAAGAAUAUGAUCAUCGUUCUACCGCUGUUGUAUCCACCUCGGCGAAUCUUACCAACAAUCCGAUAUCGGUGCCAGAUUGAAACCACCAACGAGGCAUCCCAAUCUCGGUCGCAAUUAAGGCCGAAUGGCUGCUUGUCAAGAUUCGUGGACUUUUCCCGAGAGAAAAAUACUGUGUGAGGUUCGUAAACGAAUAAAUGUAUUUUAACGUACGUAAGUGUAUAUCUGUUAAAAAAAACACAUUUGCAUAGCAAUAAGAAGAAGAUGCAGACAAUAAACGCGCACAUAUUGAUAGAAUAAGAUGCCGACACGAUGAUGUCCUCUAAUCGAUUAUGGGUCAAAUAUUUUCAUGUAUAACCCCC